AUGACUGAUUCUGUUAGUAGUGCAAUUCUACAAUCUAAUCCACAAUUAUUAUCUUACAAUACCGCUUUAAAUGGUGUACCAGGAUUAAUUUCUUUGCAAGGAAGUGAAUUACUUAUGUAUCAAAACCCCAGACCUUCUGCAUAUGCCACACUUUCUAAUGCCCAUUAUUCAUUGUCACCAGAUCUUUCUACAUUACAAGUUAUUUCUAAACAAUCGAGAGAUGUCAGUUAUGAUACCUCAUCUAAUGAUCCAAUUUUACGUAGGUCAAGAGUAUUUGUGGGAUCUUUAAAUUCAAUGAUUGUAAAAAGACCUGAUUUAAUCAAUUUAUAUUCAAAUUAUGGUACUCUUCUUGGUGUUACAUUAUUUAAAAAUUAUGCAUUUCUUCAAUUUUCAUCUCCUAAUGAAGCUGAUUCAGCUGUAGCACAUACAAAUGGCUUAUUUUUUCAGGGUCAGAUUCUUGAUGUAAAAUUGGCAAUUAAAAAUAUGAAAAAUCCAUCAAGAGGUACACCAGAUACACCAAUUAUUAAGGAUGAAUCACAAUCUUUAAAACGUACUUCACCAACUCCUUCAGAAACAAGUGAUGACACUGUAUUAGAUGUUAAAAAAAGAUGUAUUGAAGGAAUUAAUGGUGAAAAUCACAUAGCAGCAACAUUAGAAGCAUCUAAUUCCAGAAUGAAUUUUUAUGACCAUGGUAUGGUUGAUACAUUAAUAUGUGGAAAAUGUCGCUAUGUUACUUCAAAUUUUACUGAUUUUCGUGAACACAGAAAACGUCCAUGUCCAAGUUUAGAAAAAUCUACCAAUAGAAAUGAAAGAUUACAAUGCACAACAUGUUGUUCUGUCUUUGAAUCUGAUUCAGAUCUCAUUAAUCACCUUUCAGUUGACCAUAAUAUGGCUCUUUAUCGUCGUUUUGAUGACCAUUCUCCAGCAUCGUUGGUUGAUGGAACAGGUGAGCUUAAAGGUGAACUUAAAGAAUAA